AAUUUUGUGCCAGCUGCAUCGCACCUGCACUAAAUUGGCACCAAAUCACACACCACAGGCUAGGCGGAAAGUUCGAGUUUGAGAAAGACGAAGUAGACAGAAAUGCUGAACAUAAACAAAGAAAACUCCAGGGUAGCAUGUCGGAAGUGUGGGUACAGUGGUCACCUGACCUACCAGUGUAGGAACUUCAUCCGGGCUGACCCAGGCAAGGAUGUAACUUUGGAUGUGAGCAGUACAAGUAGCGGGAGUGACGAGGAGGAAGAAGCUAUGCCUGUGUUACCACGGAAACAAGAAUCAACAUCAAAAUCGGACAGAGAUUCAACUAAACACAGGAGCACAGAGAAAAGAAAGAAGAAGAAAAAACGCAAAGAGAGAAGUCGUAGACGGAGUCGUUCCAGGUCUCCUCUCUCAUCCGACAGCGAUACCUCUCUCUCCUCAGACAGCGACGAUUCCUCGUCUUCCGAUGACGAAUCUCGACGACGGAGGAAGAAGAAAUCAAAGAAGAAGUCUCACCACCACAGUGCCAGCAGAGGAGAUAAAAGGAAACACAAGAAAUCCAGCAAGAAGACAAAAAAGAAGAAAAAGAGACGUCAUGCCUCCUCCAGCUCGGGCAGUGACUCUUGAGAGUUGCCCCAGUGUAUUUUCUUCUUUUUACUCAAUUUGUUAUUGUUCUGCCCCAACUUGACAAUCGCCCAAAUGUAUAGUUGGGACUGGUCCUAACUUGAGUAAGGGUGACCCAAUUACAGAUAGAUUGCAGUAGGCCUAUACUGUACACAGAGCAAACAUUUAUCAAAAAUGCAUCCCUGAGAAGCAUGUUUAUGGUUUUUUUUCCUUUGUCUCUGAUAGUUAACUGCUUCCCCAGUCCCCAUUGAUACUUUGUAAGAAACAAAUCUUGUAGAGCACCCCAGUCUUUAGAAUUCCCGAUGAAGACCUUGUAUUUUCCCUUUUUCGAUUUGUCCUUAGGUCUCCACAUAAUAUCGCAGUUCAGUUUUAAACUGAUUUUUUGUUUUUACUUAUCAGUCUGGAAAGCAUCAGGGGUAGACGAAUUUGGUACCAACCUGAAUUUAUAUUUAAGAUUUUCUUUUUGAGUCGCUUUUUACUAUUGACAAUGUAAAUAAACUUGUUUUUUAUGAACUGUUAUUAAAUUUUGUCAUCCAUAUGUAUUCUUUUCAAAUUGUCUUUGUUCAGUCCCAACUCUGUUAACGUUUUGGUACUCUUUGUAAUUGAUUAUCUUUGAAGCCCUUUUUUGAAGAUUUUCUCAUGGAAGUAUCCUUUUUCAGCAGGAAAUUAAGUUGCCCCUUUAAAAGAACUCAAUAAAGUGGGGGAGGGGGGGCAGUUUUAUUUUAGAAACACCAUUAUUGUUUGUAAAAAAGAAGGGUCAUUGUUAAAGUAACAGAUUUUGUUUUGGGAAAGUUCUGCAUAGCAAAGUUCUUUGCUGAGCAAAAAACAUACUUGCUGUUAACCUAUUUUUGCUAAGCAAAUGUGUUUGUGCUUAUUCUGGUGAGCACAGUUUGGGGUGUGCGUGGCUACUUUUUGUAUUUAGUUAAGCAACAUUGAUUAAUGGAAGCUUUUCAAUGCCAAUUUAUUGAACACUUUAAUUUGUUUGAAAUAUUUCCCUUGCGGAUUGGUUUAUAAAAUAAAGAAUUUUUGUUCUAAACGGUAAUUACCAGUACAUUUGCAUGUACAGAAUAAUAUAUUCAAUUGUUGUUCUGAAAUCUGAUAUAUGUGUGAAUGUGAUUGGUCGAAAGUUGAAGGAGUAAAAAUGGUUUGUAAACAAAUGAAUCUUACAAACAAUUAUAUUACAGACCAAACCCGACUGCUGUUUCAUGUAACAAAAAAAUACGAAUGAACAACGUUGGUUCCCAGACUACCCCAGCUAGUGUGU